UCUAUGCGAGAGAGUGGCUGUAAAAUCAGAUAUAUACGAUAAUGACGCAAGAUUAUGAUCUGUCCCGUCAUCGUUCGGUGCUCCUAUUUUUCCUUUGCUAUGCCGCGUUGUCGAUCACGAUUGCGCAAUAUUGCGUGGAAAAAGACGUCAAUCCGAUUUGCGAUGAAAGUAUGUAAAUAAACAUGCAUCGCGUGCUUCUGCAGACAUUUGUGCUGUUGCUAAAAGUAUUUGUUUCCUUAGAGCAACCUGUGCUUCAAUUGGAGUUGAUCCAAGUGUUGAUGAGACAUGGAGAACGGACGCCGUUACUUAAAGAAACGUAUCCUAAAGAUCCAUAUAAUGAAUCAGCUUAUGAACCAUGGGGUAUGGGCCAAUUAACCAAUCAAGGAAAAUUGACGGAAUAUCGAAUCGGUACAAUGUUGAGACAACGUUACAGUCAUUUUCUGGACUCGCUCUAUCGUCCAUAUGAUAUUUAUGCUGUUAGCACGGAAGCCGAUCGCACAAAAAUGUCUCUGCAAUUGAUGUUAGCAGGAUUGUAUCCUCCCGAUACGAGACAAAUGUGGAAUCCGGAUUUACCAUGGCUUGCCAUUCCGACACACUACGUGCCUAAAAGAGUGGAUAUGUUAUUAAAGAGUGAAGGUUGUUCAAUAUACAACGCAGCUUUAGCAGAAGUAAAAAAAACAAAAGAAAUCCGCGAUAAAAUCGCAGUUUACAAAGAUUUUUUGAAAUUUUUAAGCGAAAAGACGGGAUUAGUCAUUGAAGAACCGUUGCGCGCUUAUGAAAUUUACAAUCUGCUAACAGCUCAAAAAACUAUGAAUUUAACUUUACCAGAAUGGUGUACUGAUGAAGUGUACAGAAAGAUGCAAGACAUAGUCGUGCUAGAGUACGAUAUCCGUUCAUAUACGACUCAGUUAAAACGAUUGAACGGUGGUAUGUUGAUUAAAAAAUUCCUUGAAAAUAUGAAUUUAAAGAACGAGAGUACGAAUCCGCGCAAAAUGUACGUAUAUAGCGGCCACGAAAUAAAUCUUGCGGCAUUCGCCAGAGCACAUAAUAUCAGCGAGCCAAGAUUACCGGAUUACGGAUCAAUGUUUAUAUUCGAGAAGUUGCGGGAUAAGGAAAACAAUCUUUAUAUCAGGAUUAUUCUAUGGACCGGUACCACAGAAAAAUUGGUGACUAUCAAGCUGGCAGAUUGCGACGAAAUAUGCUCUUUGAAAACUUACUUAAAUCUCGUUCGUGAAGUAAUACCUUCAGAGGAGGAGACAAAUUGCUUAUGGGACAAUAUAACCAAAAAAGAACUGCUAGAACUCUUUGCUGAAAGAUUAAUACAAAAUUAAUAAAAAAAAAUAAUAUAGAUAAUAUUA